UUGAACCCCUGGAUCCUAACUCUUCUCUUCUUACUGAGUUUCCUAGGGAAAAUUCUUGGCAUUAGGGUGUAUGUUGGGCAAAACUUUGCCAGGGAGCCAGGCGCCUAGGCCAGCUCUUCUUCCUCUGACACCCAUGCUUCAGCAUGGUGACAUCGGAAGGCUAAGCUGAGGGCCAGAGUGAUUAAGGCAGGUGGGGUGACCAAAUGCAAAUCUCAACUCCAUUGCCCACUGCUGGAUGGUUUGGAAAAAGUGACUUUACCUCCCUGAGCCCCACUUUCUUUCUCUGGAGGAAAGAGAAUUAACUGCAACCACCUCACAAGAUUGGAGUGAGCACUGAACAAGAUGAGCUCCUAAGGCAUCCAGCAAGUGUACCCAGCAGGAAGGGUGACCCUCACAAAUCAGUCUCAUGGCUGCUAUGAGGAGGGGUUGAUCCUUGGAACCUGGAUCCCUGAGCGGGCAUGGGAACUAGAGGCUGAGGAGAAAGGAGGGUGAGGCCUAGGCAGCGAGACCGGUGAACAUAGGCGGCCAGUCUGGGUGAGGGGCAUAUCUUCCUCACUGGCGCCAUGUACCACAACAGCCCUUUGGAAGGGAUCAGGACCUCAUGGCUCCAGAGUUAUGAUUUUUUCAGUCCAGAAAUCGGGUCAGGAGGCCAGGCUCUGUGGGCUGCUUCCUCAUCCUGCCUUGUUCCUGGGAGGAUUGUCCAUCCGUGGGAACAUCUUCAAGGGCGGAGGUGAUAGAUUGGACUUGGCCGGAACUCUGUGCCAGCAAGAGACUACACCACCAAGCAGACCCCUCCACUCCUGGGGGCUACUGAACAUUGUACCAAGAGUCACAGUUGGUACCCAGAAACUCAGGACCAUGGGGAGGGGAAGGCCCAGGAUCCUAUUGACACCAGAUGAGGGAAUCUCAGAAGCAGCUUCCUGGAAGACUGAAAUAGCUGUUUCUCACAUGCAUUCAAGUGAGAAGUGCACUGUCUGCACCCACGAGUCAUCAUCAAAGCAGCUGCUCUGUGCCAGGCCUAGGUUGGCCUGGGGCAGCCAGAGGAACCAACCACACCUGUUCCCCCACCUACAUCUUGAACUUGGAUCCAAAGAAAAGGGGACCUCCUGCCCCCCGAGGUCUGCAGUCUCCUGAACCCAGCAGCCAUCUAUGCCAACAACGAGAUCAGCCUGCAUGAUGUUGAGGUAUAUGGCUUUGACUACGACUACACACUGGCCCAGUAUGCAGACUCACUGCACCCAGCGAUCUUUAGUGCUGCCCGUGACAUCCUUAUUGAGCAUUACAAGUACCCAGAGGGUAUUCGGAAGUAUGACUACAACCCCAGCUUUGCCAUUCGUGGCCUCCACUAUGACAUUCAGAAGAGCCUUCUGAUGAAGAUUGACGCUUUUCAUUAUGUGCAACUGGGGACAGCCUACAGGGGCCUGCAGCCUGUGCCAGAUGAGGAGGUGAUCGACCUAUAUGGGGGAACCCAGCACAUUCCACUGUACCAGAUGAGUGGCUUCUAUGGCAAGGGUCCCUCCAUCAAGCAGUUCAUGGAUAUCUUCUCACUGCCGGAGAUGGCACUGCUCUCCUGUGUGGUGGAUCACUUCUUGGGCCAUGGCCUGGAGUUUGACCAAGCACACCUCUACAAGGACGUGACGGACGCAAUUCGAGACGUGCAUGUGAAAGGCCUCAUGUACCAGUGGAUCGAGCAGGACAUGGAGAAGUACAUCCUGAGAGGGGAUGAGACGUUUGCUGUCCUGAGCCGCCUGGUGGACCAUGGGAAACAGCUGUUCCUUAUCACCAACAGUCCUUUCAGUUUCGUGGACAAGGGGAUGCGGCAUAUGGUGGGUCCCGACUGGCGCCAACUCUUCGAUGUGGUCAUUGUCCAGGCAGACAAGCCCAGCUUCUUCACCGACCCACGCAAGCCUUUCAGAAAACUUGAUGAGAAGGGCUCCCUCCAGUGGGACCGUAUCACCCGCCUGGAAAAGGGCAAGAUUUAUCGACAGGGAAACCUGUUUGAUUUCCUGCGUCUGACAGAAUGGCGUGGCCCCCGUGUGCUCUACUUUGGAGACCACCUCUACAGUGACCUGGCGGAUCUUAUGCUGCGGCAUGGCUGGCGCACAGGCGCCAUCAUCCCCGAGCUAGAGCGUGAGAUCCGCAUCAUUAACACGGAGCAAUACAUGCACUCGCUGACGUGGCAGCAGGCACUCACGGGACUGCUGGAGCGCAUGCAGACCUACCAGGAUGCCGAAUCAAGGCAGGUGCUGGCUGCCUGGAUGAAAGAGCGGCAGGAGCUGAGGUGCAUCACCAAGGCCCUGUUCAACGCUCAGUUUGGGAGCAUCUUCCGCACCUUCCACAACCCCACCUACUUCUCUCGGCGUCUUGUGCGUUUCUCCGACCUCUACAUGGCCUCCCUCAGCUGCUUGCUCAACUACCGCGUGGACUUCACCUUCUACCCACGCCGUACACCCCUGCAGCACGAGGCACCACUCUGGAUGGACCAGCUCUGCACCGGCUGCAUGAAGACACCCUUCCUCAGUGACAUGGCCCACAUCCGCUGAGAGCAACUUUAUUGUCCAGAACAGGCCCCUGUCCUCCCUGCCCCGCCAACUCUGGGCAUCUGUCCAGACAGGCAGUAAAGUGGUUGCCCUCCUGCUCGA